AGAGAAGGGGGAGGGGUAGAGGGCACAGGAGGAGGAGGGAGAAAACAGAUGAUGGCAGUGGUAGCACAACGAUAUGAGAGGUUCCUCCUGAGCUCAGGGAGCAACUGCUCUAUUCUUAUUUGUGUUUUGCUAGGUGAAAUGGCAACUGGGUACGUUCAAUAAGCAAGGGAACCGUAUUCCCAGCUGUACUUGUGUGCAGGUCGGCUUGUCAGAGGAAUUACUAAACUCAGAUGGGUCAAGCACUGUGGAGGCUGCCUCCCAGACAACAGCAGCAGCUUCAGGAAGAGCUUGCAGACCGACUUGCUGACAGAGGAGGAGGAAGACGACAAGAGCAAGGGAGAGAUGAAGGUCCCCAGAAAAGAGCUCCUCCGCCAUGUUAUGGCCCCGACAUCUAUCAUCUGCUGAGAACACGCAUGGGAGGUAAGGAACACCAUGGCUUUAUAGAUUUAGAGAUGUUGCCACACGAAUUAGGCGUCACCAUCCUGUCGUACCUGAAUGCCACGGACCUGUGCUUGGCUGGCUGUGUGUGGCAGGACCUGGGAAACGAUGAAUAUCUAUGGCAGGGACUGUGUAAGUCCACAUGGGGACACUGCUCCAUCUACAACAGAAGGCUACCUGCUGGUUUCUCAUACAGAAGACUCUACUUACAACUAGAUGAAGGCUGCCUGACAUUCAAUGCUAACGCACAGGAGGGCAUCAGUUAUUUCAUGUCUAAAGGUAUACUGGUGGAUCAUCCAACAGAGCUGGCUAAGUUCAUUUUCUACACCAGACGGCUCCACUGGAAGAUGCUGAGGAUUUACUUGGAUGAGAGGCGGGACGUCCUGGACGAGUUGGUGACCCUCCAUAACUUUAGCAACCAGUUCCUCCCCAACGCUCUGCGGGACUUCUUCAGACACAUUCACGCACCAGAGGAGAGAGGAGAGUAUCUAGAGACCCUCAUCACCAAGUUCAGCCACAGGUUUUGUACCUGUAACCCUGGCCUUGUCCGAGAGUUGGGCCUCAGUCCUGAUGCGGUGUAUGUGCUGUGCUACAGUCUGAUCCUGCUCUCCAUCGACCUGACCAGCCCCCACGUCAAAAACAAAAUGUCCAAGAGGGAGUUUAUCAGGAACACUCGCCGAGCGGCACAUAACGUCUCGGAUGACUUUGUAGGCCACCUCUAUGACAAUAUUUACCUGAUUGGCCACGUGGCCGCGUAGCUCCACUUACCAGAUGUCCAGUUGAGAUCCUCACACCGCACUGAAGAAUAGGACCCGGCGAUUGGGAUGCAAACAUGAAAAUAUGGAACAUUGUGGAAAUGGAUUUUAACAAUUUCCACAACGACCUUACGAGAAAUGCAAGAAAAACAAAUAAAACUCACCACUGCACUGUGAGAGAGACUGAGCGACCACAUAUUAGUAAAGUUAUCGGAAAAGUUAUCGAAGGUGUGAAACAUCUGAAAUGUCUUGCAAAGAAGGUUUUUAAAGUGGAACCAUGAAGAUGAGCUCUGAUACUGCGCUGAAGGAUGGUGACUACUGAUUGGUGGAGGGAGGAAGAGGAGCACAGCCCUUACAGCCUGUCACAGAUCCCGGGACAGUCCUGCUGUUUUCCUAAUGGACAGUGGCUUCACGUUCACCAGUGGGAAAAGUGUCACUCAGGACGCUGAUACCACUCACUAAUAUCUCUAGUAGCAUUUACCAGUGGAAGUAACAUUGGAGCUAUUCUGCAAACCAAAUGACCUUGAACAACCAGAAUGUCUAAGAACUGGAUCUUUUUUUGAACAAGACAAGAAUGCUGUCUUAUUCCUAUCCUUAAUCUCUCUUACUUUUUUCUUUUGAGGUCUGACUGUGUUCCACGUCAUCAAACUGCACAAAGACUUGACCCCCGUCCCCAAGGGUAAAUCUCUCUCCACUGCACUAUGCACGUUAGAUAAUCGUAGAGCUCAGCAGUACCAGCAUACAAUGACAGACCACGGGACACACUCGGGUCUAUUCAGCGAGGCCUGUUGUUUAGGCCUGCUGCAGGGAUCAGGCUUUACCCGAAGCCAUCUACACCGCAGUGCUGUGACCUGCACCCAGAGGGCAGGAGGGAGCGCUGGUAAUUGAGUGUGUGUGUCAUUUCCUGUUCUAUUGAGGUUACAAUGCUAGCAAUGCUUAUGGUUAAGCUCUGCAAGGUUGGGUGUUUAGGACUAAGUAUCCUGGCAGCAGUUUUGGGUAUGUGUGCAAGUUCAUUUUAUUCUUUUUCAUUUCUGUCAUGUUAAAACUCCACAUUCAUUCAGAUGAAGACAUUUAUGAUUCUUAAGUCAGAUGAGCAUUUUCUUCCGCUCUUCAGAAAGUAACACUAUCUGGCCGUGUCUCAAAGGACAGGUCCAUUUCUGAAUUUUGAAGAGAAACUCCCAAAUAUGAGAAAUAUGAAAUUAUUGAACAUUCAUGUAAGUCCUAAAAAAAUUAUUAAUUCAAAUGGAUGGUUUUAUAAUAAAUCUGAUCUUCGCACAUGCAGGCCAAAAGCAAAGUGACACAUGUUGUAUUUUCAUGUUGUAGGAACCGACUAGCUAAUAUUUAGUGUGAGCUUUUGUUCAUAUUAUGAUUGAAAUUGAAUGUAUUUAAAGCGGUUACUCACCGCUUUGCUUUUCGAGGUGAUAUGCUUCUUGUGCAGCAGCUGCUUUAUGAGGAUGGUAGCUACUGUAGUUUUCUGGAAGUCCGGGUUUGUGAUGGACCCGGCUCAUCAUCAAGGAAAUGGAUGAAGUCAAGUGUAGAGAAAGACAAAGUUAAGUGAAGUAAAUCAUUCUGAAUUGUCACAGAAGGACAAUACUACUGGCUGGACGUCUGUGCAGGGAAUGGUCUGAGGUUCAUGAAGUUCUUGUGCUUUCACAAUAAUCAUGCUAUAGUUUCAUAUUUUUGGACAAUGCACGCAUAUUUAUCCCCCAAUUACCACAUUUUCCACAGCAAUAUGGCUAUUGCUGCCAUGACAUAACGGCACAAUCCAUCAUUGUAAAUUAGACAUGUAGUUUUAUAAUGACUGUAAAACACCACAACCACUUCAGCUGUCAAAAGAAGUGUGGUUCCAUCAGAAAUGAGAAACUAUUCUUAUUUAACACUAUGUAGUGUGGUAACGGGAUAGGCACAUGUAUAUGUGAAUUGAUGGAUUGCACCUGAAUGCAGCAUACGAGUCGCUCUGUGAGUCCCAGCAGCUUGUAGCCGCAGCAGUGAGGUGUCACUGAAUGGAACCAACAGGAACACAAAGCAGCUUUUUCAUCAAGGUUACAGACCUAGAAAACUAGUUGCAAUACCAACCAACAUUUUUGUAUUAUUAUUAUUUGUUUGCUAAGUAAAUCCUGUCUAUGAGCCUCUUUAUUGGAUUGUAAAUCGGACCGUAGCAGAACUCGCAACAUAGUUUUGACGAUUCUUUAUUGCUGAUGACGCUCUCUGAUUUAGAGCUAUAACCUCAAUGUUUUCUUUAAAUUAUGAAGGAAAUCCACUUCCUGUUUGUGUUUUUCUUUUCUUUGUUGUUACCAGAAGGUGUUAUGACUGACAAAAUGUACAGAGAAAUUGUUCCAAUUAUCUGACUCAUUAAAUCUGGGUUUGAUUUUA